AUGGGUAAAAAUGUAUUAAAAUUUGGUGGUAAAUCAGGUAUAUUACCCAAAACAAAACCAAUUUUUAAAGCUCCAAUACGUCCAAAAUUAGAAUAUGAAUUAGCUAAGGAUAAAAAUGCAGAACAAGGUUAUAAAAAUGUUCCAAUACCAAAAAUUAAAGGUUUUAAUAAAAAUGAUCAAUCAAAUAAAUUUUUACCAGUUUCUGAAUUAAUUCAACGUAUACAAUAUCCAAAUAAAUCCUUAGCUGAAAUUAAUAAAAUUGAAAAUAAAAAUGAAAGAGAUUUUCUUAAACGUGCAUAUUUUAGAGCUGAUUUUUUAAAAGAAUCAUUUAUUGAAGAAGAGAAAAGAAUUCAAGAAAUAGAUGUAUUAAAACAAAGAAUAUAUAAAAACCAAUUACAAAAAGACGAACAAAUGAGAUUAGAACAUGUUAAAGAAACAUCAUCCAAUUCAUUAUUGAAUACAUUACCAAAUUUAACAUCAGCAUUAACUAAUGGAAUGAUUGAACCUAUAUCCAAUGAAGAAAAAGAAUUAAUUUCAAAACAAAAAAAAUUGAACAGAAAUUUAACAAAUUUAAACGAAAAAUCAAAGAAACUUGAAAAAUUAUUAAAAUUAUAUCAUUCAGCUUCAAAUUUUAUAAUAAAUGAAGAACAAUUAGAAGAUGCGAUAUAUAAAGCUUUUGAAGUUAAUUUACAUGAAUAUGAAAAGAAGAAAUCAUUAAUUGAAUCUAAAUUACAAGGUAAAGAAUCACAACAAAUAUUAUUUGAUAAAAAUGAUUUAAAUAUAAAAGAUUAUAUAAUGGGUGAAAUAAAUGGUAAACCAGGAUUAGAACAAAUAAAAGAUCAAUUAAAUGGUAAAAAAGAAGAAUAUAAAAGACAAGCAAAAGUAAAUGAUAUGUAA